CACCGUUUCUACUAACAACAGUUAAAGAGUUAACAUGGCAGCAGAGAAAUGUGCGUUUGAGCAGACUUUUUCCUUUCACCCUCUUCCCACCAAGAAGUUUUCUUUCCUGCAGGACAAAGACACGUCGGUUCUGUUGAUGAAAUGGUCCAUGCUGGGCAGGAUUUCAGCUCAGAGCUACAGUUUUGAUCACAGCUUCUUCCCCUACAACAGUGAAAGGUUUGCACUGUGUUUCUUCAGAGACCCUGAUGUUGUAUCCAGUCUGAGGAAGAUGGAGGCUGGAGUCUGGGUGCCUCUCGAGAAGCCGGUGGUGUCGGUCAGCGUGGAGGCUGUUCCCUGCACUCAGCUCUCCAUGGAGCUGUUUGAUCCAAUCUACUCCUGCGGCAUCGUGAGGCCCUCCGGACAUGUAGUUAAAUGCUUUCAUGAUGUCCACCCAGACUAUGAUGAACUCAGACAGAUGUUGCAGGACGAGGACUCGGAGCGCUACCAUGUGUUUGGGCGAGAGCAGCGAGCAGAGUUCCUGUUCAGGCUCUUCAAGCACCUAUGUGUUGGUGGAGAGCUGUGCCAGUACGAAGACACCGUUGAUCCGUACAUCAGCACCACGAAGCAAAUGUACAAAGAUCUGAUCAGCGUGCAGAAGGAUCCAGAGACGAAGCAGAUCAGUGUCGUCUCCACAGUGCUGAAAGUGUGUGCACAUGAUGAGUCUGGACAGUGUUACCCCGGGACACAAGAGGAGGAGGAGGAGGAUCAGACGUUCGCCUAUUUGAUUGUGGACACUUUCAAACGACACGUCACUUUGUUCUCCCAUUUCUACGGUGUGGGGAACUUUACACUGUGACAGUGAAGAACCGAAAAAAGAAAAAAGAACCUGUCAGUGUCCAGGUUGUCUUCUCCAGGGUUAGACUUUGUGUCAUGAGUGAAGAUCA